AUUCCAUCCGGCAACUCGAAGCGGAGCUGAAGACGAUGGCGACGGAACCUCCUCCCUUCGCCACCAACACCGCUUCCACUAACCAGCGCCAGGAUAGACAGCAAAAGCUAGAAGCUAAACGGCACCGUUCUAUCUUCGAACUACCAUCGGACUUCUUCGAUUCGUGUCUUCUCCUCCAGUCUCCCUUCGCAUCGUCACUCCCAAUUGCUGAGCGCUUCGAGAACCUCUCUGUCAAUACGGAAUGCGACGUCGUAGUGGACGAGAAGCCCGCAAGCGAACAGCAGGCCGCUGAGAACAACGGCAGCGGCAGCAUUAAUAAUGUUAUGCGAAGAUGGUCUUGCAAUACUUGUAAAGCUGAAUUCGAGUCUCUCCAAGACCAGCGCUCUCACUUCAAGUCUGAUAUUCAUCGACUUAAUAUAAAACUAAGUAUUGCUGGAAAAGACACGAUGAGGGAGGAAGAUUUUGAUGACGGCACCUCAGACUCUUUAUGCAAGGAUUAUGACAUAUCAAGUAUAUCAGCGUCUGAUGAUGAUGAUGACAGAGAAUCAGUUCUGCCAAAUGACUUGUAUCUUGGAUUAGAAGGAAGUGUUAAAAAUAAAAUGUUUAUAAAAUUGCAGACUGGAGAGGUAGUUUCACUGUGGAAGUCUUUGCUUCUGAAGGAGUCAGAGCACAUUUUAUUUGAGAAUGAUAAACCAUUUGCCACAUAUGAUAGUGAUGCGGUUAUGCUGUACUUGAGGGAAAGGGAAGUUGUUGAAAAGCUUAAAUCUUUACUCCAUGAACCCAGGGAUAAUACCCAGUUAAGGAUUGUGUUGCUUGCAAGAGGUGGGCACUUUGCAGGCUGUGUCUUUGAUGGUAACUCUGUUGUGGCACAUAAAACAUUUCACAGGUAUGUUAUACGAGCCAAAGCUGGUAAAAAGCAAUCGUCAAAGGAUGCAAGUGGGAAGAUGGCUCACUCAGCAGGAGCAUCACUUCGUCGACAUAAUGAACUUGCUCUGAAAAAGGAAAUUCAGGAAUUACUGGCUGCAUGGAAGCCUUAUUUUACUAAUUCAUCUUGUGUGUUCAUAUAUGCCCCCUCCAACAAUCGUCAACUGUUCUUUGAUGGGAACCAACCAUUUUUUGCUUGUCAGCAUCAUGCCAUUAAGAAUGUUCCUUUGACAGUUCGGAGGCCUACAUUUAAGGAAGCUCGACGAAUAUAUAAUUUAUUGACUCAAAUUUCUUUUGAAGUUAAUGAGGAAGCUUCGUUUAAUGUAAAAAAGGGCUCACUGUUAAGUGAAAGCACUCCUAACAGUGGCUGUUCUGAGCUUAUCAAAGAAGAAUUGGGGCAAAAUUCUGAGAGUAAGGAGAUUAUUGAACCAUCUAUUAGUGGCAAAAAGCUUGACGAUCCUAGUAUAUCAAGUCAAAGUGAGAGUGAAAAUGACAUUAACGGUAUAACAACGCCUUUACACGACGCAGCCAAAUCUGGGGAUGCUCAGAAAGUUUUGGAACUUCUAGAGCAGGGUAUGGAUCCAUGCAUCAAAGAUGAGAGAGGUCGAACUCCAUAUAUGCUUGCAACUGAGAAAGAAGUGAGAAACACUUUUAGACGAUUUAUGGCAUCAAACCUUGAUAAGUGGGACUGGUAUGCUGCAAAGGUGCCUAGUGCAUUGACCAAAGAAAUGGAGGAUUCUCAAGCAGCUAAACAGGCGGAGAAAGAUGCGAAGAAAAAAGCUAGGGCAAAAGAGCUGAAGAAAUUACGUAAAGCAAGACAAAAGAAGGCUCAGGCUGAGGCCAAUGAAGCAAAAGUUACUUCAACCAAGUCUGAGGGUCAACCCCUUGCUCCAGUUUCAGCUCCCAAGGGUUCAUCUCAAUCCCGCUUUUCAGAAAAAUUGUCUAGAGAGGAGGAACUGAAAAGGGCCCAAGACUCUGAAAGGGAAAAGAGAGCAGCUGCAGCCGAGAGAAGAAUCGCUGCCCUUAAACUGCAGAGCACCACAUCAGCUUCUGACUCGAGCGCAUCUGGGACUGACAUCCUAUGUUCUUGCUGCAACGCAUCACUAGCAGGCAAAGUUCCAUUUCAUCGGUAUAACUACAAAUACUGCAGCUCAUCAUGUAUGCAUGUGCACAGAGAGAUCCUUGAAGAUGGAUGAUUGACUUCCUCAGUUCCUUCCUGUUGUAUCUUGUCUCUUUUCAAUUCUUUUAAAUCCCCAUAAUCUAUCUCCAUUGUAUAAACAUUCUACAAUUAUGGCCUUGCAGUCAGUUUUAUAGGAGGUUUAUACAAUAAUAUUUAUGAAAUUGAGAUCGAUUUUCAUGAA